AUGCUUAUCGACAUCAAUUCCUUGUGCCUCAACCUCUCUGUCAGCCUGUUACUACAUACCGAUCGCGAUAAAGCACCCCACCUGCCUUCGCCCAUCUCCACGGAUUCUCGUCGUGCCUUCACCUUCUGCACCUUGCUAGCAAUCAUCUUCAAUCUCAUCGUCGACACACACAGGCAUAAAACUCACCAAAACGGCUGCCGAUUCAUUGUUCACAACCUCUACAUCUCUGCCCACAACAGAGAUCCUCCCCGGUACUUGACACCAACCGCAAUAAGACACUCCUCAUACGAUACUCGUAACACCUGGCAGCACUGUGCCAAACAUUUACAGGGUGCCUCAUUGCACAGUGCCUACCAGACAUUGGGUUUAUCAACAACCAACCACGAGUCCGACAAGAAACUCACCGAGAUCCUUAAUGUACGAUACCGCCCUGGACAACAACGGACGACGCAUAUCGACAGCAGUGUCUCGCGCCUCAAACUCGCUGUCAGCAUGGCACCCGUGUCCAGCUCUCCGUCUCUCGCACACGGUACCCCACAACCUGUUUUCGCUCCACCGCACUCACGUUCAUCGACUCUGACGAGUUUGACGGCUGGAUCGCAAGAAGUACUCACCCAUCAACCAUCCUCUUCGCUGUUCCAGUCGUUCGUCACGAUAUUCAGCAAGAGGCCGCGCUGGAAACACGGCGUCACGAUGAUCACAAUCGCGGGACGACAUUCAGAAGUGGAUUCAUGGCAAGCGCAAGGCCGCGAGAACCCUGCUGGCGUUGUGCUCAACCUUGACAGGCUGCGCUAUCUCGAACGUUGCCUACCGACCAUCCAGUUCAGCGUCAGACAGCAUGAGUUCACCAAGAACAAACUUACCGGCCCUCGUGCACGAUUGUUCAACAUCCACAGAGAUAGAGGUACAUACCUCCAGUCACAACAACCUACAGCUCAUCUCGUGUCGCAUACAGCACCCACCGCACCCGCACUCCGCCUCCACAGUUCCCUGUUGCACCACACCAUCCCGCUCGCGUUUAUCGACUUCCAGCGCGAUUCCGACGAGGAGCACGAUUGCAGCUCAACAUCCAGAGAUAGACCGGACAACGCCUGCAAGGAGCAGCAUCAAACAUCAAUGUCAGUCAGCAAGACGGCACGGAGCGACCUCGACAUGCAGGGAGCUUACUCGGACGCUUCUCCCACGUCACCCAACACUCGUCGGCACCGUCAAGCUCGUAUUUCGAGCUGCCUUUCCAGUUGUCAGCACAAGCCCUACCAGAAACAUGACGAUCGAGACACUUACGGGGGCGGGCGGACGUUCAAACGUGGUCUAGAUGAGGAAGAAUGGGUCCGCUGCGUGGCUGUAAAAGGUGCGUGCGUCAUUUGUGACUGUUCUGCGCCGAUCCUGUCGCUCCUGUACAGUAAUGCCACAGUCAUCAGAACACGGCAUCCAGCAAGACAGCGCGGAGCGACUAAUACUUACGACGGUGUUUCUCGCACCUCGUCCAGCAGUUGCCUCAACACGUCUCUGCAACAUCCCGACAAAGAACACGAUGACAAGACACUUACAGGGGAGGCAGUACGGUUAGAUGUGGUGAUAACAUCUGCGAGAAUGGGUGUCAAUCAGCAGAAGGAUAUUCCAGCUCGCAAGACACACACGGAGAAGGCUAGACACGAGCAGGGCGGCCUGCAAAUAGGUGAGUGUGAGCUUGAUUUCUGCGACAGACAGCAGAGCCGCCUCGUCGUCGUGCCAGUCCAAAGAGAAGAGUGGGGGGCGCGGUGCCCAAGACUCGAGGAGAGGAGAGGAGAGCGGAGCGGAGAAGCCAAGGCGGGAUGA